CUCGGUAAGAAUUUGACAUUUUUAAACGAACUUCAAAAUGUCAAAAAUUGGCAAAAUAAUCUUGAAAAAUUAUGGGGGACAUUUCGGCGGUCGAUGUAUUUCUAUUUCGGCCCAAAACAUCAAACAAGCUCAAAAAAAAUCGACAGAAAAAGAAAAAAAGAUUGGGCCCCCUACAUCAAAAGAGUCCCGUUUCAAAGAUUUCUCAAUUUAUCGUUUCACUCAAGAAAGUAAAAAGAAACCGCACAUGCAAAAAUACACGAUUGAUCUCAACGAUUGUGGCCCUAUGAUUCUCGAUGCCUUGCUAAAAAUAAAACGAGAACAAGACUCAACUCUAACUUUCCGCCGAUCGUGUCGUGAGGGUGUUUGCGGUUCGUGUGCUAUGAACAUCAACGGCAGAAAUGCUCUUGCUUGCACUAAAAGAAUUGAGCCGAAAGGGGACUGUAAAAUAUUUCCCCUGCCCCAUAUGUACGUCGUCAAAGACCUAGUUGUCGACAUGACACGAUUUCUAGACCAACACAAAAGAAUCAAGCCGUAUUUGAUACGUAAUCACGACGUGGCCAUUGGGCAAAAACAGUACUUGCAGAGUUUGAAAGACCGCGACAAGUUGGAUGGUUACAUAGAAUGCAUUUUAUGCGCUUGUUGUUCGACUUCGUGUCCCGAAUAUUGGUGGCACGGUCACGGCGACAACGAUUUUCUAGGCCCUGCGGCCCUUUUGGCCGUUGAUAGAUGGAUUAGAGAUUCGCGAGACGAAGCUGCAGAAUGCCGACUUGCCACUUUACGUGAUUAUUUCAGUGUUUAUAGAUGUCACUCAAUCUUCAAUUGUACGAAUUGUUGUCCCAAACACUUAAACCCCGCAAAGGCAAUAUCGCACUUGAGAAUGCGACUCGCAGGAAAGAAACAAAAGGAGAAACCGGAAAUGACCGGAAUGGCAUAAAAGUUAUAUUAAAAUGCAUUGAUUAUAUUGUAUUGUGACAAUAAAUGUUUUUAUCA